UUGCUCAUGUUCUUGAUAGUGGCGGUCUAGCUUGAGUGCAAUAUGUGUUUAAGAUUGCAACUAACGUUCUUACUGAUAGUCAAUGCGAGUAUGUAUAUUAUAUCACGUUUAAUAUUAAGUCUAACGUUGGACAUUAAUUAUGAUAUAAUAGACGGUGCCCAAUCAGUGACCCUGUCUGCAGAUACGACUGACGUCUCAGCUGGCUCAAUACAUCUUACUUGUAACCAUGGCAAACACUUAAACGCCUCGUGGUGGCGAAAUGGCGAAAUAGUGCUGGCAGCGAAAGUCACCGGAGGAGGAUGCACGUUUAGCCCCACUGUGGUUCCCGCUUAUCUGGCCGACUGUGCGUGUACAAACACAGAACACACAUGUACACUUCAGUCCUUGUCAAGGUCUAACGUGGGGGACCAAUGGGCGUGCUCUGUUAGAACGUUGAUUGGUGCUAUUCAAAAAAGUAACAUUCUGAUAUUGACAGCCAGAAGAAACGAUGCCUUAAUAACAGAGAUUGCUUGUUCGCUUGGUGGCGCUGUUGGUGGAAUAAUAAUUAUUGUUAUUGUAGUCAUCAUAAUGAAGCGUAGAAAACAUGGUUAUUCAAAGAUGAUCGACAACCCUAAAUCGAAGACUGACGGAGAUAGUGAUCGGAAUCGUGAUAAUGACAUUGGAAGUGAUGCAUUAUGUGACAUUGUGAAUUCAUCAAUAAAUAACGACACCAUCGACGAUCUGAAGUAAAUGCAUGAAAAGGGAAAAUCAUCUAUUUUGAAAGCCAGACGAACUAAAGCGUUUUAGUCGAUAGCUACUGCUCUUACGUUAAGCUUGCUAUACAAAUGAAGCAUACAUUUGUUCAGAACAUAACUUAUUAAAUUAGCUGAAAUGAAAUGAAGUUUAAUCCAUUAAAUACAAUUCCUUCGCAGUGACCUCAUAUGGUUUUUAGAAGGCAAAUGUUUUGUGUAGUCAUUCUUUAUGUCAUGCUUACCUCAUGAAUUGAUGUGCUUAAUAAAUGUGAUGCUCCAUCGA